AUGUAAUUUUUAUAAAAAUCACAUAUUCCUAAAGCUAUCCAAAUAAUUUAAGUUAUUGAAUUCCUCACAGAAUAUUUUGGAAAACUGCCUUAAAGUAAAUUAAUACAUUAAAUCAAGAAAGAAUAUACUAAAACUUUUUAAUCCUUGAAAUCUUAAAAUUGUUUCUCAAAUGGAGAAAAUGGCAUCUUAUUGAUAAAUAUGGAUUGAUGAUAUCAGAUAAUAAUAAAUUUAAAGAAGCAGACCAUCGCGAAGAUUCAGCUGUCAAUUUAUUCUAAGAGAAAUGGGGAGGGUUACAAAAAGAUCCUCUUAUUGUGGAUAUCAAAUUGGCCAAGGAACAACUAAAAAAAAUCAAAGAGCCUAUGUUAGAAUUCAAUUUUGGUUAAUAUGAUAUUAUUGGAGACAAGUAAGUAUCGAUAAUAAAAACACUCCCUAUUCCUAAUAGUCUAAAAAAGAGAGAUUAUGAUUCCUAAUUGAAUAUCCUAAGAGUAUUGUCUUAUUAAACUGUAGGUCCAAAUAGGCGAAAUUCUAUAUCUGCUACGUCCCUUAAUUUAUUGUUCUUGCAUUCUAAAGUUUGGAACAAGAAGUUACUCACCUUACUUAAUUUCAUUAUCAAUUGAUAUCUUGAGAUUCCUCAUUUAAUUCAAAAUACAAAUCUUUAGAAAAAGUUAGAAAGAAGAGCUCAGUCUGAGAGCCAAGGAUGCCCUCGUAAUGAUUGCUUAUAUCUUAGAUUUGCUAUGUUCUUAGGGAUCCAUUUUAUAGUCAAAUCUUAAAGUAGAAGUGCUUAAACAAGAUAUUAGGAUUAUUUGUAAAAGAAGAAAACAUACUUCAUCGACUUGUAAUCGGACUAUUAGACUUAAGAUCAUCAAAAUGUUUAUUAUUAUGA